CUUGAAAUAUAUUUGCUAUCAUUUUUUUGUGGGUUUCCUCUAUCUUUGGCAAUUAAUAAAUCCUCUUGCGAAGAAAAGAAUGGCGACUUUGAAUCGAUAAAACCGUCAGUAUAUACAUAUUUCCAAAUUUCUCUCAUUGUUUGGAGUAUCUUGAAGAUCAUGACUUCAGUCUUAUAAUCAAUAGUGCCUUGUAGUCCAGAUUUAAUAGAUUUAUAGAAAGUCUGUACUUUAAACUGAUGAGCCACGGAGAUAUCGAAUGUCUAUAGAACGAUAAUUUUAGCUAAUUCUACAUUAUAGUUUCGUAUUUGUUAAUUGUGGGCAAGUAGAUUAAGAUUAAAAUAAUUUUCACAUCUGUGCUCAACGAUCAUAAGUAGCAACAUAUAAAAAGUGUCUGUUCCUCUUUUGAAACGUGGAAGCGUACUAACGGAAGAAUGUGUGUUUACUUAAAUACGUUGUCUUCGCACAGGAGUGCGAUACUGCAGUGAAAGAGGCUGCAGUGACAGUGGUUUCGAGGUCAGUAGAACACACAGUAGGUUCCAUUAUAAUCCGUAAACAGCAUUUACGAUCAUGAAAAAUUUCUUCACAAAUUUUACCAUAAUUUUAUACAAUACAAAUUUAAAAAUAAUGUUAAAGAGAAACGGCACGAUUACGAGUAUUGAGUACAAUGAUUAUCUAAUCAUUGCAUUAAUUAGAUAAAUUAUCACCUAGUAGAGGACUUGAAUGAAUUUUUAAGAUAUACAUAUUACUACGUUUUGUUAUCAGGAUAUGACAAAAACAAACCUUCAGAUAAGAGAGGCUCUUCUGUAAGAAAUGAAUAUGGACAUCUUUAUUAUAUGUAAUUUAAGUAGUAUAUGAUAGGAAUUUCAGCUAAAUAUUUUAUACUAGUACAAAACUAAUUCUCCAAAACAAGUUUUGCGGUUCCAGAUAUAUUUUCGUUUCAUUCAAAUAUUUUUAAUUUGAUUCAAUCAUUUUCAAAAAAAGACAGCUAUUUGAACUAGCAAUUUCCAACUUCCUUUGGCUGUGAAAAAGAAGAAAAUAUGCACGGAUGAAAAUCGUUAACGACUAGAUAAUGUUACAUUAAAAUUUGAUCUAAAUUGGUCCAGCACUUAUAUAAUUCCAGUACCAAUUAUAACAUUAAUUUUAAUUUCAAUCAUUUGUUGUCACUGUCCGAAGCGACUGCAGUGCCAAAUCAAAUGACUGCCUUAUCAGCGUAAUUCGCACCAACAGACUCGCUAAGUCAAAAGAUUCAUAUCAGUGAAACUCGCUCUAACAGAAUAUACAACUUUUGUAAAAACGAGAUAUGGACCCAUAAAUCAAAAGACUGUCUUAUCGAUGCAAUUAGUUUGGUCCAGUGUGACAUUCAUCUCGACUAACAUUACUAUUUCCGGGGCCGGCCGAGUCCACGCUGAAAUGCGCGCACUUGCGAGGCAAAACCACCUUUCUCCUAAUUGAUCAAGGAAGAAAUCCGUUGGGGCGACCAGUCGCGUAGCCCUUGCUACGUCACUGAAGGGGCCCCGUGACACACAUCAAUGGGCCCAAAGGUAACGGUACCGGCAACAGUGACCUACUCUUCGGCCGACGUUGCUCUCUCUUCCCCUUUCUUCCCUCGUAACUCUGUCUUGCUUUCUCUUGAUUCUCGGUCAAGCGAGCGUCGAACGCUCCGCGAAGGACUUCCCGGCCCGUACUUUUACCAAUGCUGGCUUACCGAUGCCCGUUCGCGUCGCGUGUGUGAGCCGCCGGCUGAUUACAGUCAGUAAUGAAAGCGUCCUCUUCGCGCGUGGAGGUGCUGACAUGUAGCCACGAAUGCUCGCUCCCUCGUCCCGUCGCCCUUUUUACGGUAGCAAUCGGCUUCCCAGUGUAAACGAUACGCGUCCGAACCAGCCGCGUUGAUACCGCCAAUACCUUCUGGGCCGACGGUCCAACCCUCUAAACGACCGUCAAAUACGAGUUAUGAAUGUAAUCGGGAGUCUUGUUCUCCAGGUGAUCAUAUAUCAGCUCGUGCGAUGUCAAGGAAGUGGUGGCCCAAGUACUUUUGGAUAUGAUGCAUCGUCAGCCUGCAGUAAACCGUACUCGCGUUCCGGACGUACGAGAUUUACAAACCUGCCCUGUGACUUCCGGCGUCAAAACUGGUGUACUGUAGCUGGCAGUGCAUAUCCUUGGCACGCGGUUCGUCGUUUCGUGCAAGAGAAUCAAGGAUUAAUGAGACGCAUGUACGGAGACGAAAGGCAUUUUAAUGUGUUAAGAGCGGAGUUCGAGAAAAAUGAUGUAGAGUUGAAAUAUGAUGAUUAUUAUAACCAUUUCGCAGACGAUCAUAGAAAAUAUCAGUACGUUCAAGAUUACGAGUACUUCGAGGAUGAAGACAGUUUAGGGAUAAGUGGUGACGAGUACGAGGGACGAGACUUCACAAGUAGAUCGUUCAACAACAAUCCCUCGAAACGGCUGAACAAAUUCCCGAAAUUGAGCGAGUACACGAGACCCCAUUUUCGGCCAACCGAAAAAUCGACGGUUUCGACUUCGACAACCGUUUCACCGUCAACUGCGACCGCUUCGUCCACAGUUGAAUCGUUGUCAUCUAUAACCGUGGCAUCAACAACUGCCUCUACCAUUCGUGAACCAACCAUCAAAUCUUCGACAACUACUUUCACGAGCAGCGGCAAUGAAGCUAAAAAGCAGAACACGACCGAGGAACCGGCACCAGCAACAGUCACAAGCCAGGUUGUGAAAGAACAGAAUUUCAGUAUCAACGAAAUUUCCGAGCAGAUCGACAAGGCUGAGGGAGAAUUGGUAGAAGUUGCUGAUGUUGUGGAGGUGUCCGAGGCGAAUUUUGAGGAAACAUCGACGUUUAACUUACCCGGCACCACGGAACUGCCAGACGAACUCGAUUCCAGCGGAGACCUGUUUGCUACGCUAAAAGAAACGACCGUUCAAGAGACUACCAGUUCGAACGAGCAACAGGAAUUUCGACCGCGACCAGAAUAUCGACCUGCGAAUAAGCCGGAAGCUUCUUCCAUGAAAGGCCAACUUUAUCAGGAUGUUGCAGCAAAGGAACAACAGGAACAACCGGUUCUGAAGCUGAGAGGCAUAAAUGCUUGUCCCGUAAAGGAAGAAGUCGUUGCUCCUUUCUGGGCGAAUAAUACAAGGGGAGAAGUAUUAGCACUCCUGAAUUUGUAUCCGUUUGAGCAGUACGUUCACUGGGAAAAAUGCACACACGAGAACAAACAGAUGUACUGCAGAGACGGAUGUAAAUGCGAGCAGCAAUACAGGCUUCAUCGGUUGCUUGCCUACGAUCCGAAUAAUGAAUGCCGUGGUAUCUUCAGCGAUUGGUUCAAGUUUCCCAGUUGUUGUGUUUGCCGAUGUUAUGACUUGCCACUCGAAUUUCGCGUAACAUCCCGAUCUCCUCGUACGCAGAAACAACGAAUCAAAGUACGGCCACCACGGGACAAUUACUCGUAAGAAAUGGAAAACUCGCGCAAUGUACAUAAUUCCGUUUACAUGAAAUCCUGACAAUUCGUUUGAUUGUCCAUUACAUAAAACGCAUCGAUUAUUUAUUAUACAUAAAAGUUAUUUAUUAACUUCUACUGCGUCUCGUUUACACAAAACUAGGGUUUGACUGUCAACGUUGAUGCACACAAUAUAUGUAUGUACGCAGAAACAAUUACAUUCGUUUUACAGAUUAUUAAUUAUACACAAAGUAUUUAAGUAAUCUCAUUGUGUUCUAACUUUAUCGUAAGAAGCGUUACCUGUAAUUAUAACUAGGGUAUAUUGCAAAGUACUUUUGUAAUUAACAAUUUUAUCUAAAAUAAAGAAAAUUAGUAUUUGA